CACGAGGAAGAAAUGCUGUGUGGAGCGCUAGUCAGUGAGGAGCUGGAGAAUGCUGUGCGUGCGGUACUCGCAAACCUGGAUGGUCUUUACCCCUUCACCACCCAGCAUUUCAACAUUUUUCCCUAUAAAAGUAAAUGGGAACAAGUGUCCAAAAUGAAGUUCAUGAAAGAGGGUGUAAAACUGUCUCCGUACCCCUUUCUUAUCACGCUGUAUGUGGAGUAUCGCGAACCAGUCUUUCCAUACGCAGCAAUGAAAAAUGCCACUACCUGGAACGCACCGUCUAUACUGAAAAGUCCACAGUGUGCUAGUGAGCCAGCGAGGACAGACCGAACCACUGCAAUGCAUCAUCCAGAAGAGGGCACUAUGAUCCAACACCAGGAUGAUGAGCAAACCCCAGAGUGCUUGCAGGAGUCCCCUUCCUCGGCCAAUGGUGCAGAAGAGAUGGUUUGUGGCAGUGAGAUUCAUGCUGAUUCACCUGUGACUUGUCUACAAGCACCAGAUGCGCAUGAUGUUGCCCCCGGACGUCCUGACCCAAGACAGAAUACUGGGAUCAUCACUAGAAUGGCCAGCUCGCUGUUUCCCUUCUCCCUGUUCUACCGUAAGAGUCCUGCAACUUAAAAAAAUCCCAACCACCGUUCCUUGACACUCACAGAGAAGAAAGAAAAAGCCGUACACAUUUUAAGCUUCUUCAAGCGUUCGAACAGCACCUGGUUCAUUUGUGCUACAUCCUAUGUGUGUAAUUCUUCAAAACCCGUCAAUAACGGUUCUCAAUGUGUU